ACUUUCCUGUUCAGUUCUUCAAUCUGUUUUUGUUUUUAUUAUUUUUAUUUUUUAUUUUUAAAGUCCCCAAUCUCUUCUCUUUUCUCUCUAAACAAACAGACGCGUAUCAGUACGUAUCCAUUUCUAGGGUUUAUCUUCAAUUUUGUCCUCCAAUUGAUAUAUCAGAACACUGGGUUUUCAUUUGGAUUUAGUAUGAAAUCAGUUUGAAAGGACCAAAAGAUAAAGAAUCUGGUUCCUUAAUUAUGCACGGAGGAGUUGCAAUGCACCGGGUGGGUAGUGCGGGUAACAACUCCAAUUCUACUCGGCCCCGUAAAGAGAAGAGGUUGACAUAUGUGUUAAAUGAUGCUGAUGACACGAAGCAUUGUGCUGGCAUAAACUGUUUGGCUGUAUCCAAGUCAUCGGCAUCUGAUGGCUGCAAUUACCUAUUCACUGGGAGCCGAGAUGGCACACUAAAGAGAUGGACACUAGCUGAAGAUGCUGCUAGCUGCUCUGCUACUUUGGAGUCGCAUGUUGACUGGGUUAAUGAUGCUGUAAUUACCGGUGAUAAUACACUUGUUUCCUGCUCUUCAGAUACCACUCUCAAGACUUGGAAUUGCUUGUCUGGUGGAACUUGUACCAGGACUCUGCGUCAACACUCCGACUAUGUUACUUGUCUUGCAGCAGCAGAAAAAAAUAGCAAUCUUGUUGCUUCUGGUGGUCUUGGUGGGGAGGUUUUCGUAUGGGAUAUUGAAGCCGCAGUUACUCCACUUUCAAAACCAAGCGAUGUGAUGGAGGAAGAUUGUUCAAAUGGUGUCAAUGGUUCUGGGAAUUCUUUACCAAUAACAGGUUUACGAACUAUUAGCUCUAGCAACAGCAUCUCUGCGCACACAAUUCAGUCACAUGGAUAUGUACCUACUGCUGUCAAAGGCCAUAAGGAGUCUGUCUAUGCAUUGGCUAUGAAUGAUAGUGGAACCCUUCUUGUCUCUGGUGGAACUGAGAAGGUUGUUCGUGUUUGGGACCCAAGAACUGGUUUGAAGACUAUGAAGCUAAGAGGGCAUACAGAUAACAUUAGAGCUCUGCUUUUAGAUUCUACUGGCAGGUUUUGCUUAUCAGGAUCCUCUGACUCUAUGAUCAGGUUAUGGGAUCUUGGUCAACAGCGAUGUGUGCAUUCAUACGCUGUACAUACAGAUUCUGUUUGGGCACUUGCAAGCACCCCCACAUUUAAUCAUGUUUAUAGUGGUGGGAGAGACCUCUCUUUAUACUUGACAGACUUGGCGACAAGAGAGUCUCUCCUGCUUUGCACUGGGGAACACCCCAUUCUGCAACUGGCAUUGCAUGAUGACAAUAUAUGGGCUGCAACGACUGAUUCUUCAGUUCAUAGGUGGCCAGCUGAAGGACGUAAUCCUCAAAAGGUCUUUCAAAGAGGUGGUUCAUUCUUAGCUGGAAAUUUGUCCUUUUCAAGGGCAAGGGUUUCCUUGGAAGGAUCUACCCCUGUUCCUGUUUAUAAAGAACCGACCUUUACAAUUCCUGGAACCCCAGGAAUAGUGCAGCAUGAAAUUUUAAAUAAUCGAAGGCAUGUCUUGACUAAGGAUACUGCUGGUUUGGUAAAGCUAUGGGAGAUCACCCGAGGUGUUGUGGUUGAGGACUAUGGAAAGGUAUCGUUUGAGGAGAAAAAGGAACAAUUAUUUGAGAUGGUAAGCAUUCCUGCAUGGUUCACUGUGGAUACUAGACUUGGAAGUUUGUCUGUUCAUUUGGACACGCCACAAUGCUUCUCUGCGGAGAUGUAUUCAGCAGACCUUCAAAUUGCUGGAAAACCUGAGGAUGAUAAGGUUAAUCUGGCUCGGGAAACGCUCAAAGGUUUAUUGGCUCAUUGGCUGGCCAAAAGAAGGCAGAAAGUGGGUUCACAAGCUUCUGCUAAUGGGGAUGUUUUGUCUGGGAAGGAUAUUACUACUAGAGGCCUUACCCAUUCAAGAAUUGAGGUGGAUGGUAAUGUUGAAAAUGACUCCAUGGUUUAUCCUCCAUUUGAAUUUUCAACUGUUUCCCCGCCAUCAAUAAUUACUGAGGGUUCUCAAGGAGGUCCAUGGAGAAAGAAAAUUACCGACUUAGAUGGAACUGAAGAUGAAAAGGACUUUCCUUAUUGGUGUCUUGAUUGUGUAUUGAAUAAUCGCUUACCUCCUAGAGAAAAUACCAAGUGUAGCUUUUAUCUGCAUCCAUGUGAAGGUUCAGCUGUCCAGAUCCUGACACAGGGGAAAUUAAGUGCACCUCGAAUAUUGAGAAUACACAAGGUUGUUAAUUAUGUCGUGGAGAAGAUGGUUUUUGACAAACCAUCAGAUGGUGUAAAUUCUGAUGGAACAUUUCCUGGUCUUGCUGGAGGCCCAUUACAGCAUUCGGCAGUGGGAGAUUCAUUCCGAUCUGGUUUGAAGUCAUGGCAAAAACUUAAACCUUCGAUAGAGAUCUUGUGCAAUAAUCAGGUAUUAUCCCCAGAGAUGAGUUUAGCUACUGUGCGGGCAUAUGUAUGGAAGAAACCUGAGGACUUGGUUCUUAAUUACAGAGUUGUCCAGGGAAAGUGACUACAUUCGAUUUGAGAAGAAGGCUGGACUUUGCUUAUGAUGGAGGGCUUAUGCUCGUGUAAAAUACUGGGUUAUAUAAAUGAUUCUUCUGGGUUGCCUUUGAUGAUCUGAAGUAAUCUAGUGGGUGGGUCCUUGUAAAUUUGGUAAACCAAUUGAUUGAUAAAUCUCGGGGCAUCAUCGGAACCUGCCAAGAAGAUCCCAUUAAUCAUUUUCCUAGUUAGGCGGGUGAUAUCAUGAAAAAAUUUUGAUCUUUGUCUGGUUGACAUGCAAGCUUUUGCUGGACGUUACAAAGUUGUUAUACAGUGAAUUUGCAUGUGGGAAUAGAUUGGG